CAUGCUGGCGAUCAAUAUAAUAGUAUGACGAUGGUUGAUCAUUCUCGCGUUAUACUUUUCAUCGAUCGUGUCCGCAUGCGCUAAUAUAAACUUUAUUGGUGGAAUGAUAUAAAUAAUGCCGUUUUUGGCGCAGUGUUAUUGAAAAAUCGUUAAAUCAAAAGUUUACAUAGCAUUGUUACGCUUAUAGAAGUAUAUUUUUAUCAUUUUUAUCAUUAAUAUUAUUUACGUUAUAAUUUUCACAAUUUAAUUAAUACAACAUGUUUUGAAUAUUUCAAUAUACCAAUAUUUCAUAUUACAUAACACGAACGGGACAGUCGUUGAUUAGGUACAAUAUUAUUAAAACGUACUAGAAGUAUACGAAGAACAAUAAUAAGCAUGGAAUAUUUAUUACCGAAUCGCUGUACGUCGACGGCGCGACUCGAAGGGAAAACGGUUAUUGUAACUGGAUGUAACACAGGAAUCGGAAAAGAAACAGCAACGGAAUUCUAUAAGAGAGGUGCUCGGGUGAUAAUGGCGUGUAGAAGUGCGUCUAGGACACAAGACGCAAUAGACAGCAUUAAAAAUCAGACAGAAGGAGAUAAAAACGUCGGAGAGUUGGUUUUUAAACAUUUGGAAUUGUCGUUUUUUGCAUCCGUGAGGAAAUGUGCAAAAGAGAUACUAAAAACCGAGAAAAGAAUUGAUAUUCUAGUAAAUAAUGCGGGUAUAAUGAUGUGUCCGAAAACAUUGUCAGAGAACGGAAUCGAACUUCAUUUGGCAACCAACCAUUUAGGUCAUUUUCUGUUUACGCUCUUGUUACUGCCCAGAAUACUGAGGUCCGCUCCGGCUAGGAUAAUCAACGUAACUUCAGUGGCUCACAAAUGGGGCGAUCAAAAAAUGCAUUUCGAUGACAUAAAUCUAGACAAGAACUACACACCCAGUGGGGCGUACGGCCGCUCAAAGUUGGCCAACAUUUUGUUCACCGUGGAACUGGCUAAACGUUUAAAUGGUACCGGAGUGACAGUGUAUGCGGUCAAUCCAGGAGUCGUUCACACUGAACUUAGCCGGUUUGUCGAUCAGACUAUCUUUCCUGGCGCGUCGUGGCUGUACAACAGUUUUACGAAAAUCGCCGUAAAGACACCCCAACAGGGCGCUCAGACCACGUUACACUGCGCUCUGGACGAGAAAUGCGCUAGCGAAAGUGGUUUAUAUUACAGCGAUUGCAAGGUAGCUGAACCGGAACCCGUGGCUAAAGACGAAGAGGUCAGCUCAGAGUUGUGGGACACUAGUUGCGUAAUUGUUAAUUUGGAACCUUCGGUAGAUCCUUUCCAACCGGAGAAAGAUGAUGACGUAUCGAUUUAAAAACUGUUUUACUCAUCAUGAGAUGUUUUUCACAACAAUAUUGUACACAAACGUUGAGUUAUUUUUAAGGUUUUGUUUUUCAAAUUAAAAAUAUUUGUUUAUGAUAUAAAUAAUAGUUAUGUACUUAUUCUAUCUAAUAAUUUAUAAUCUAAUUAUAUAUUAGUUUAUUACACUGCAGUUUAUAAUGCACUUAUGUUACUGAGCGACGUAUUACAGAUGCAAAGUAUUGACAUAAGGAUAGACACCUCCUUCGAAAUAUUUGUUUGAAAAAGUAUCUAUGCAUGGCGCAAAAAGAAAAAUUGUUUUUAUAAUUGCGAAGAAACAUAAUCACUCAAAAAUGAAAAUUAUUUAUUUGUACAAAUAACUGUAAUUUUUUACGACACUGGGUCAGUCAGUAAUCUUUGUUUAAGAAAUAAAAUAAUUUACUUUAAUUUUAUAUAAAUAAAGUUGCUCAUAAUAUUAAAACAGUGCCUAUUUUGUUAAUAAAUAAAAAUAUUUUUCUUUUA